UUUGCCUUUGCACAUCUUUCAAGUUGACAAAAUUUUUGAGUUUCCACAAACGUGUCAAAGGUCUUUAAAUACGUUAAAACGUCGAGUAUGUCGUGACCUUGGUCGCCAGGAUCUUUCCUGUGACAACGAUUUCGAAGUCUCUAGUCAGAUUCAGCUAAAAUUUAACCACGAAAAUGAACUUAGGCGGCACGGUGAAGAUCAACAAAGUCGGCGUUGGCAUCGUCACCAUCUCCUUUCUACUUCUCUUCAUCUACAUAUUUAUCGGACACUCGGACGACACAAGCAGCAAAAUCCUUGCCGCCCCUGAUGAGGAGAACCGGGUCAACAUGAAGGCGCUUCUUGUGGCAGCUAAAGAAGUGGCCGAAAAAGGUGGUCAACAAGUCAAAGUUGCAAAAAAGGAAGCUUCUGACCUGCACAUAAAAAGCAAGGGAAAGACGAAAGAAGGGGUCAAUGACCCUGUUACAGAUGCAGACUUCCGUUCGCACUGCGUCAUGUACCACGGACUUAAGAAAAAGUUUCCUACUCUUAAAGUGAUAUCUGAAGAGCAUGACACUUCAGAAUGCAAGAAUGCUACUCCAUCUUUAGAUGUCGUCGGCAUGGACGGCCAAUCUUUGCCUGAUUUAAUGGUGGCUAAUGAAGAUGUGACAAUUUGGAUUGACCCUCUUGAUGCUACAAAAGAGUUUACAGAGAAUUUAUUGCAAUAUGUUACAACAAUGGUCUGCGUUGCUGUGAAAGGACGACCCAUCAUUGGAGUGAUUCAUUUCCCAUUUGCCGAACCACCAGUGACUUAUUGGUCGUGGGGAAACGUUGCGAAGUCCGACAGUAUAACCAAACUCGGAAGCCACAAAUCCAACCUAGAGGCGCCAAGCAUAACUGUGUCUAUGUCCCACACAGGAGGCGCACAGAAAAUGGCUGAGGUGGCUUUUGGGAAGAAAGCCAAAGUAAUUCCUGCAGCUGGAGCUGGGUAUAAAGUGAUGGAGGUUGUGAAAGGAAAUGCGGAUAUUUAUCUUCAUUCGACUAUUAUAAAGAAGUGGGAUGUUUGUGCUGGCAACGCGAUUCUCCACUCAUUGUCUGGUUCGAUGACAGAUCUGAAAGGAAACAAGCUAGACUAUUCUUCUGAGGAACAAGCUGUCAACAAAGAUGGCAUUCUAGCUGUUCUCACUGAUGCAGAUCUCUUCCUGGAGAAAAUCGCCAACCCCAGUCUCAAUUAGCAUUCCACAACGAGCAACUUAUUGAUUCAUCAUUUUUUUCCAUUUUUUAAAUAAAACAAAAACUUAUCAUCGUUGAUUUUAGCUAAAACCUUUUGGAUUUA